AUGGUCACUUUUUUCCCGGCUUUGUCGCCCUCUAUUGCUCCAUCUGAGAGAAUAGAAUCAAAAGGGGGCUCAGAAACGACAUGCAAAGAGAGUCUCAGUGGUCAUGAUCAAGGGACCAGAGGUGCAUGCAUCACACAUCAGAAACAAAGGAGGGUUACAGGAGAGGAGCAGAGUGAGGGAAAAACAGAAAGCGAUUUGGUGGGUUACCACGACGACGCGUGUGCAUAA